UAAACCCUGAACCCUAGAAGGAGUGGAGAGAAAGAGGGAGAGGAGAGAAUUUUAAAAACCCCAACAUCCCAAACCCUAACGAGGAAUUUGAAAGCACGAUGAGGCCACUGGACGAGAACGAGACUACGGCAGUGUUCGAGAAGCUCUUCAAAUUCACAGGCAACAAUCUCAAGAACAUCGUCGAAAACCCAUCAUACGAAGGCCCUGAUCCUAACGCUGGCAGAUACUGCUUUCGUCUCCAGAAGAACCGAGUUUACUACGUGAGCGAGUCGAUGGUCAAGCGAGCCACCAACAUUGGCCGAGCCCAGCUGGUCUCGCUUGGCACGUGCAUCGGCAAGUUCACCAAGGGCGGUAAGUUUCAUCUCACCGUCCAGUCGGUGAAUCUAUUAGCCGCAAAUGCCAAGCACAAGGUCUGGCUUAAACCCACAUCGGAAAUGUCGUUUUUAUACGGAAAUCAUGUUUUGAAAGGUGGGUUGGGGAGGAUUACGGAGAACAUUGUGGCGGGUGAUGGGGUUGUGGUGUUUUCCAUGUCGGAUGUGCCUUUGGGGUUCGGGAUUGCGGCAAAGUCGACUCAGGAUUGUAGGAAGUUGGACCCCAAUGGGAUUGUUGUGCUCCAUCAGUCGGAUAUCGGGGAGUAUUUGAGAAUGGAGGAUGAACUUUGAGGGGUUGCAUGGAUUGUUUCUGGGGAUUUUGGGGGUGUUCAAUCAAGUAAGUUCAGGGAUAUACGUGAGUUUCUGUAAGCCGGUGUUAGUUUUGAUUACUAUGAGUUUUGAGUUUUAUAUAUUGUAUGACUUCUUUUGAUUUUGUUCAAGGUUUCUAAUUUAUGGAUGGAGUAAUUAUUGUAAUUUUGCUGAUUUUCUAUUGUUAAUGAAUGCCAUGAUUUCAGUA